AUGAGUACCGCACCACCAAAUAUACCAUUUCCAGGUCUUCUCGGAUGGAAGGCAAUGAUCAAUGGGUAUUUUCCCUCAAAUCCUUCCUACACCGAAGAGCAAUACCCUAAACUCGACGGGAAGGUUGUAAUUGUCACCGGUGGAAAUACCGGUGUUGGUUAUCAAACUGCUAAAUCUUUAGCUGGGUCUACCAAUGCUAAGGUCUACAUAUUUGCCAGAAGUGAGGAAAAGGCAUUGGCUGCAAUCAGGAGAAUGGAACUUGAAGUUGCUCAGGAGUACAACAAAAGUAGUAUUAAUGUUCACUUCAUCAAACUUGACUUGGGUGAUUUGACCACGAUCAAAGCUUCUGCUGACGAAUUCCUCUCCAAGGAAAAUAGAUUGGACAUUGUAAUUCACAAUGCUGGUGUCAUGGGCACUUCAGUAGGUUCUAAGACAGUUCAGGGGGUUGAAUUACAGUUGGGUACAAACUGCUUUGGACCACACUUGUUGCAGAAGUAUUUCGAUCCACUUGUCAUCGAAACUUCGAAGACCAACAAACCAUACGAGUCUCGUAUAGUGUGGGUGGCGUCUUCGGCACACUUCCAGUCUCCAGAAAGAGGAAUUCACUACGCUGACCCAAACUUUGUGGACACUCCACACUUACCAAGAGUACUCUACUGCCAAAGUAAAGCGGUCAACAUCAUGCAAGCCAUUGCAUGGCCCAAGAAUCAUCCUGGUGCGGAUAGAGUGUUGUCCGUUUCCUUGUGCCCAGGCUUCCUCAACACUGAUAUUCAACGACAUGCUAGUGGUAUUUGGAAAUGGUUCAUACCCUGGGUCCUUCAUGAUCCCAGAUAUGGUGCAUACACCGAAUUAUAUGCUGCAUUGAACCCUGAGUUGAAAAACCAAGGUGAAUACUAUCAAUCCUUCGGUAGAUUAGGUGAUAUCAGACCAGAUAUCAAGCUCGAGGAAAAUGUAGAUAAAGCUUGGGCAUACUGUGAAGAGCAGGUGAAGGCAUACUACAAAACAGUUAUAAAAUAG